AUGGUGCCCAUUCGGGUAGCAAAAGCGCUCGUGGAAGUGGUAAAGGUGGUGGUGAUGGCGCUGGUGGUAGCAGUGGUGGUGUGGGUAGAGCCGGGGGUGGUGCGGCUAGCAGCAGCAAGAGUGGGCGUGGCAAGAGGUCAAAAGGCAAAGGGAAGGAGGGAGGUACGAUACUUCCGGUCCUUCAUGCAUAGGGGCGGCCCCAGCAGUGGUGCUGCGAGCAGGGCAGCACCCAAUGCGCCCGCACCUCAUCCCCUUCGCCCUUCCCCCUCUCCUCUCUUACCGGAUUCUCUGUCCCAUUCCUAUGCCGUGCUGUCCCCAUCAACCCCCCUGUCCCCAUCACCGCAUGGAGCAUGCAUAGGGGCGGCCGCAGCAGUGGUGCUGCGAGCAGGGCAGCACCCAAUGCGCCCGCACCUCAUCCCCAGCUUCACCUGGCAUGUGCUCCGGGGGCUGCGACGCCACGGGUUCGAGGCGUACCUGGUGGGCGGCAGCAUCAGAGACCUGCUGCUAGACGUGCCGCCAAAGGACUAUGACGUGCUCUCAACCGCCACCACCCAUCAGAUCCGCAAGUCGUUCCCCAGGGCGCGCAUUGUGGGGCGGCGCUUCCCCAUCUGCCACGUGAUGGUGGGCGGGGAGAUCGUUGAGGUAUCGAGCUUCAAAACCAAGGAGCAGCUGCCGCAGAGGCGAAAGAGAGUGGCAAGAACGGAGCUCAGGAUGCCUGCAACCAAGCUGGCUUGGCUUGAUGAUGACACGGGGGACGGCGAGGAGAGGGAUGAUGAGGUGGAGGAGGAGGGAGACGAUGGGGAGGAGGAGGGAGAGGAGGAGGAGGAGGUGGAGGAAGAAGGGGAGGGGGGAGAGAAAGAGGGGCUGCUGGUGCCGGUGCGACCCCCGAGGGAGAUGGUGGAGAGGAAAGAGUGGACGGGCAAGGACUCAGAGCGAUGGCUCAAUGCUGCGCGCAGAGACUUCACCGUCAAUGGGUGCGUGUGCUCUGGGGUCAUGCUGAUGCUAGACCCCUUCAGUGGCACGCUCUACGACUAUGUGGGCGCUCUGCAUGACAUCAAGACCCGCGUGCUCAGAACGAUACAACCAGCUCUGCCCUCCUUCCUAGAUGACCCAGUGCGUGUGCUGAGAGCCAUGCGCAUGGCAGCCAAGGCACGCCUGUCGCUGCAUGAAGACAUUGUUUCUGCUCUGGAGUCGCCCCGCCUCCUCUCCUCCCUCGCGCAUGUCAACAAGGAGCGCGUGCAGCAGGAGGUAACGUUGCUGCUGUCAUAUGGAUCCUCUGAGACAGCCGUCCGCUUGCUCUGGUCGCACCGCCUCAUGCCGCUGCUGCUGCCCCUGCACUCGGCUCGUCUGCUAGAUCGCGGCUUCCCAACCUCUCCCUCUGCUGCUGCCACUGCUGACGACCUGCUCUUCGCUAUGUUGCGGCAGCUGGAUCGCCUUACCGCUCCCAACGCUCCCUGCCGUCCUCUCGUCUG